AUGUAUAAGAGAGUGCUGCCCACCAUCAUUAAUGAAGCCCAAUCUGCUUUCAUUGAAGGAAGAUACUUACUUCAGAGUGUACUUAUAGCUAAUGAAGUGAUUGACGAAGCUAAAAGGAGUACUAAAUCCUGCCUUAUUUUCAAUGUUGACUAUGAGAAGACAUACGACUCGGUGUCAUGGGAUUUUCUGCUAUAUAUGUUGAAGAGAUCAGGUUUUAGCUCUAAAUGGAUAAUGUGGAUGGAAGGGUGUCUGAAAUCUGCCUCAAUUUCAGUCUUGGUAAAUGGCAGUCCCACAGCGGAGUUCCUACCCCAAAGGGGUCUUAGACAAGGGGGUCCUUUAGCUCCGUUUUUAUUCAAUGCGGUAGUUGAAGCCUUGAAUGGUUUGAUGAGGAAAGUUAUGGGGGCAAAUAUGUACAAAGGUUUCUGUGUUGGAUGCAAUGAUGUAAGCAUUAGCAUAUUGCAAUAUGCGGAUGACACGAUCUUUUUUGGUGAGGCUACUAUGGAUAAUGUAAAAGCUAUCAAAGCUAUCCUAAGAACUUUUGAAUUGGUUUCUGGUUUAAAAAUCAAUUUUGCUAAGAGUUGUUUCGGCGCUUUUGGCAUGAAUGAUCAGUGGAAGCAAAGGGCAGCUAAUUAUUUGAAUUGCAGUCAGCUGGCUCUUCCUUUUGUCUAUCUUGGCCUACCCAUAGGGGCCAAUCCGAGGCGAGCUCGUGUGUGGGAACCCAUUAUCCAAAAAUGUGAGAGAAGACUAGCUAGGUGGAAGGAGAGAUAUAUCUCUUUUGGGGGGAGAGUGACACUUAUUCAAUCGCACCAAGGGGCUUUAUGGGCUACAGUUUUGGAGGCUAAAUAUGGGGGAUGGAGGGGUUUAACCGAAGAGGGAAGCUCAAAUCUACAGUCAAUAUGGUGGAGGGAUUUAAAAAGAGCUAUUCAUCAUUCACACCAUGGUAAGAUCCUACAACAUGAACUCAAAUGGAAGGUAGAAGCUGGGGAUAAGAUAAAAUUUUGGGAGGAUAGGUGGAUUUGUCAUGAGGAGUCACUAGCUGAAAAGUAUCCUAGGCUCUACAUGAUCUCUUCUCAGCAACACCAGCUUAUUGGACAAUUGGGGAAGCAUAACAACUCUGGUUGGGAGUGGAAUUUUAAUUGGAGAAGACCGCUAUUUGACAGUGAAAUUGAAUUGGCUGUUACUUUUCUUUCUAAAGUUGAAGGUAAGUCUAUUAACAAUCAUGGAUCUGAUAGCUGGGAAUGGGCAGCAGACCCGUCGGGUAUCUACUCUACAGAUAGUGCUUAUUCAAUGUUUUGGGAGGAGGCAGCAGCUGAGAGCCUCGAGGAAUGUUUUGAGGAGCUAUGGAAAAUCAAGAUUCCUAGUAAAAUUGCGGUUUUUGCAUGGAGGUUAUUUAGGGACAGGCUACCUACAAAGUCAAAUUUGCGGGCUAGACAAGUGCAGAUUUUGGAUAUGGCAUGCCCUUUUUGCAGAAGGGUGGAGGAGGAUGCAUCCCAUCUUUUUAUCCACUGCAUUAAGAUCCAACCUUUAUGGUUGAAGGCAUCAGGAUCAGAAGGUGGCAAUAUUGGUGGUUGGCUGUAA